UCAGUAUUUAAUUGAACGGCAAACGCCCCCGUUCUCAUACUCAGGGAUGGCGGUUCAAACCUCCAGUUGUUUCUCUUUGCUGCUUGUGAUCUCAGUUUGCAUGGUACUUUUUCUUUUAUCAUGGGGCCAAUCAUUAAGCAGCAUCAGCUGGACUACUUUCUCGACUCCAAACCCGGUUGUGUUUUCACAUACAGCAAAAAAAGCUGAUUCCACAAAAACGAAGUUAAAAAGUGAUCAGAUGAGCCGCUCUACACUUGGUGCUGGGGUUGAGACUCCCAUGCCUGUACUCUCCAAAGCCUCCUUCAAGAAGCUUCCUCAGUGGGAUUUUGAUGAUGUUUAUAACCAGGAUGUUCCACCCAGGCAGACAACAUGUACCCAGUCUCUACGAAACUCUGAGGUGGAGAGCUUCAAGAAGGCUUUCCUCCCCAACAUACGUUUGUUUCUGUACAAAGACCGUAUCAACGUGAGCGAGUGGAAUCGGCUUUCACAUUUUAACAAUCCUUUUGGUUUUAUGGAGUACAAGUAUGAUGAUGUGAUGGCUUCAGUAAAGUUGAUCCCCAAGCCAAAAGAGCCACUGCUCCUUCCAAAGCCAGACGGUGAUGGGUGCGUGCACUGUGCUGUGGUGGGCAAUGCAGGGAUCCUCAAUGGCUCUAAAAUGGGGAAAGAGAUUGAUUCUCACGAUUACGUUUUUCGGAUGAACGGUGCAAUCACCAAAGGCUACGAGGAAGACGUAGGAAACAGAACAUCGGUGUACAUUCACACGGCUUUCUCCAUCACAACAGCGCUGGAUUUCUUCAAGAAGUUCGGAUUCACUACUGUCCCUCAUGAUGAGGGUAUAAAAUACGUGCUGAUUCCUGAGGGGAUUGGGGAUUUCAAUUGGGUCGAGGGUCUUCUCAAAGGAGAAAGAAUCGCUGCUGGCCAAUACAAAAACAGGAGGCCAUGGACGUACUAUGCCGGGCAGUUCAAUGAGACCCGCUUCUAUGUUCUGCACCAGGAUUUCCUCAGAUACAUUCGAAACAGGUUCUUAAAUUCUCCUACUCUGAAUUCUUCAUACUGGGCAAUAAUCAGACCAUCCAAUGGGGCAUUCACGCUCUUCCUGGCUCUGCAUACCUGUGACACUGUGAAUGCAUAUGGAUUCAUGACUGAAGAUUACAAGAACUACUCAACUUACUACUAUGAGAAAACUAUUAAAACCCCUGUCAUUCUCUACGCCAACCAUGACUACAUACUGGAGAAAAACUUGUGGAAAACACUACAUGACACCAACAUAAUUAAGCUAUAUGAAAGAUCCGAGUCUGAAACAGGGACAAAAAAACCGAAGCAACACUGAUACACUGAGAAUGGAAGUAAUGGCGUCAAGAAUGUAGGUCAUUUUGUUUUGCAUUCAUAUUUUUUUUAAAUCCUGCGAGACAAGACAAUCCUAGAUAAUUCGAUAUUUAUUUGACCCCAUGUGAUAUGGGGUUAGCGAGAACACCUCACUAUACACAAGAUGAAGUUUAUUAUAAAUCAUGAAGGUAGAGGGGAUUUUAUAUAGGAUUGUAUGAGUUAGUUUUAGCUAUUUUUUCUCAGAAAUGUCUAAAUAACAAUAAAAGUACCAAAUAUAUAGUGAUAAAUUGCAAGAAAGCCAGACAUUAAAUAAAAAGUAGGACAUCCCUUAGGGUAUAAAUGAUCUAUUAUGUACAUAUUAAAUGCUGUAAUGUUAGUAGAUAAUAGAUUGUUUUGUCUUUACAAACAAUUAAUGAUGCGCGCAUCAGUGGGGUAUAAAUCUCACUGCCAUAAUGUAAAGAUAAAUUAUAGACCUUUGCAUUAUUUUGGGGAAAAAAACCCACUAACCUUUAAGAGGUAACCUCAAAUCUGUCGGCUCUAGCUAACGAGAAUUACGGCUAAUUUGUUAACCCAGACUAUACAAAAUCAGUUCUUAAAGAUAGUGAAAAAUGAUCUGUAUUUGUUUUGCGGAUUAAGAGCACUGAAACACCCUCAAACAAGUUACGUUAGCAUAUAUGAGAUUCACGCUGUGGAAAAAUUAAAAACACAAAGCCAUUUCUAAUUCGUAUUGUCAAUGUUACCAUGUAAGCUAACUGCGUGUUGUUGUUGUA